AUGUUAGCAUUAUCACCUUCUAUGCUUUCAACAAUUGGAUGGCCUUUAGAGGAAUCUCUAAUAGGCCAUGAAACUACUCCUGAUGAUUCUCAGUCUCUUCUUGAUGAUCAAUACUAUCUACCUCCACCAAUUGCUCACCCACAAAUAUUGGAGCCACUUCAUGCCUUCACAUCAUAUGGCACUGGAGAUGAAGUUCCAAAAGAUAACAGCAAGAAGCUAAAUCAUAAUGCCAGUGAACGCCAUCGCCGAACGAAGAUCAACUGCUUGUAUUCAUCGCUACGAUCAUUACUUCCUCCUGAUGAUCAAAAGAAGAAACUAAGCGUACCGGCCACAGUUGACCGUGUGAUCAAGUACAUACCAGAACUACAACAACAAGUCGAGAGAUUGGUUGGAAAGAAGGAAAAGCUUUGUGCAAGACUAUCCAGGGACUUGGAUCAAGUAGUUGACCAUCAUCAUCAUGAUCGAGAAAAGAAACUUAAGAGAAAAUUUAAUCAGACCUCUUCAUUUGCAGUUUCAACGGCUAGGAUUAGUGACACAGAAGUUGCUGUUCAAAUUUCCACUCUCAAGAUGCAUGGGAACCCAAUCUUACUAUUAUCUCAUAUCAUAUAUAGCUUGGAAGAGGAUGAACUGCUCUUGAUUAAUGUUAAUUCCUCUGAAUCCUCUGGAGGGAUUGUUUUCUACAAUUUACAUCUUCAGGUGGAAAGAAGUUAUAAGAUGGAGAGUGCGGUUUUGAGUGAGAAGCUUUUGUCAUUGCAUGAGAAAGGAAGUUUACUUUUCUAUGAAUAA